CCGCGCGCACACUAACGGGAGCUCGUGCACCACUCACCGUGUUUCUGAGUCGGUGUGUGUGUGUGUGUGUGUAUGUCUUUCUCCCGAUCUCUCUCUCUCACACACACUGUUCAGGAGAUGAGAUGAUGGACAGCAGGAUGCUCGAGCACCCGCGCGCGCAGUACGGCAUGCCCGGUGUCGGUUUCCCGUACCACCUGAACCCGCAGCACCGCCAUGUGUACGACCUCACCGGGCACCAGAUGCAGACGGUCGCUCCGUUCUCCAUAGACGGAUUAUUAAACGGGUCCUGUUCGGCCUCCGUGGUCAGCUCGAGCCCUCUGCUCGCGACCGGGUGCGCCGUUAAUACCGACAACCAGGCGUACAAACUCACCGACCCUGCAGACCUGGAUAAAGACAGUCCCGGCUGUAAGCGGAGGAGGACCCGCACUAACUUCACCGGCUGGCAGCUCGAGGAGUUGGAGAAGGCGUUCACCGAGAGCCACUACCCGGACGUGUUCAUGCGCGAGGCGCUCGCGCUCCGACUCGACCUGGUCGAGUCACGUGUGCAGGUCUGGUUCCAAAACCGGAGAGCCAAAUGGAGGAAGAAGGAGAACACCAAGAAAGGCCCUGGUAGACCGGCGCACAACUCUCACCCGACCUCGUGCAGCGGAGAGCCCAUGGACCCGGAAGAGAUCGCGCGCCGCGAGCUGCAGCGCCUCGAGAAGAAGAAACGUAAGCAAGAGCGGAAGUUGCUGAAAUCUCAGAACAAGUUCUUGACGUCCGAGCUGCUUCACACGCCCGGCUCGGACAGCGACGUGUCUCAGAGCACGGACAACGAGUCCACACAGCGCAGCGUCCCGACCUCCAGUGGCCGCGCCCACCACGCCGACCCCGACCCGGACCCGGACCCGGACGCGCGCACCCGGAACCUGGCUCUGUCCCCCGGCUCCGAUUACACACGACCGUCCCCCUUACACAAACUCAACCCCUUCAGCGUGGAGAGCCUGCUGGCCGAGUCCAGCCCCAAACGCAAACCCUUCGCUUCUGAUUUUCCUCAAACACCUGUCGUAGGGAAAGCUCACUUCCUGUUGUAUCCCAUCACACAGCCGCUGGGCUUCAUCGUCCCUCAGAAAAACACUGACUGCGCGCACACUCCGAGUGCGGGUAACACACACUGCACCGAGGCGAAAAGACCGAAAGGAGACCAGCUUUCUGCUGGAGCACAGCACACACACACCUCACACUGCGGCGCGGAGGAGGACGAGGAACCGCGGGCAGAUAUAAAGAGCGAAGAGGAGAAGGAAUGAGAAACACUGCUAGCACACUUUGAUUACACAACGCUUUUAUAUUCCACCAGACUCUAUCAACUGCUUUUUUAAGAAAAAGAACAAAAUCCUCAACAUGGAUAUCCUUCACUCAUGCA